CACAGUUUGUCUGACAUUCUAUCCAAUACAAUUUCAAAGGGUCUUUUGAGGCCUGCAUAUUGAGUACAUGAAAUGAAUUACAGGCAGAUUCAUAAGCGACUGCUUGGGUUUGAAGUUGAGCAUUUUGUCUCUAUUUUUCCGAUGAAAAGUGGCUGUUCAUGUUGCACCUUUGCUCUGAUAUCGCCCCCUCCCCCCCGCCCCCUCCUAGUGUCAAUGUGCAAACGGCCCGGGGGUUGGGGGGGAUAUAAGCACUGGGGUCCCUGUCAAAGACACAGCAUUUCACACUGUGAACAGGACAACUGCAGAUCUCCUCCAGCUUCAGAACUUGUAUCUUUGCAAGUUUGGAACCUCUACAGCUUCAAACUGCUUGAAGUUUAGGUCUGCAAACUUCUGACCUUCUCCAGAGCUCCUCCAGUUUCCAGGACUAGAGCUGCCAUGGCCUCGUGCCUCAUUCUGUGCGCGCUCUUACUGGCGCUGACCGAGGGCUUCACCCAUGAAGACAUGAAAGGUGCCAUGCUGAAGCAGCUGGGUCUCAGCGAGGUGCCGAGGAUCCACAAGCGGGACGUGGAGAACCUGGUGAUCCCGGCGCACAUCAAGACCAAAUACACGAACCUGCUGAAACUCCACAACAAGAGGAGGCGCCGCUCGCUGCCCAGCCUGGCGGGCAUUCUCCGGGGCAUCCCUGGCAAUGCAGAUAUCGCGGGAGAGUUUGUGUACUCUGACACCACAAGACAGCGGGUGGUGUUUGAGAUGGACUCGAGGAUCCCGGAGAACAGCGAGGUGACCAUGGCCGAGCUGAAGCUCUACAAGACCGCGCCCCACAAGCGCUCCGUGCCCGAGAGGAAGGGCCAGCGGCCGGUGAACAACGCGCGGGUCAGCAUCUACUGGGUGGAGGUGCUGCAGACCGGCGGGAACAGGACCUCCCUGGUGGACUCAAGGUUGAUUCCCAUUCACGAGACCGGCUGGAAGAGCUUUGAUGUGACGCAGGCUGUGCACUAUUGGUCCAAGAGUCAGCAGAAGACCCCCAUGCACCUGGAGGUGUGGAUCGAGGGGGAGAGACCGGGCAGCUACGCGGCUGAGAUGGCCAAAACCGUUCACUUCACCGGCCAGGACCCCAGCGAUAACUCACUGAGCAAACCAGAGCUGGUCCUCUACACACUCAACCUCGAAGAAUAUGGGUCUAGCGGGGACUGUGCUGUGGGCAGGGCUCAGGGUCAGUGCUGCAGGGAGGAGUUCUUCAUUAAUUUUCGUGCGCUCACCUGGACGCAGUACUGGAUCAUCGAGCCGGCCGGCUAUCAGGCGUUCCGCUGCGGGGGAGGCUGCCGGCAGCCCGAGCGGAGCUACGGGUACGGAGAGAGGCGCUGCGCCGUGGCCGAGAGCGCUCCUCUGCCCAUGAUGUACCUGGUGAAGAAGGGCGACUACACCGAGAUAGAGGUGGCCGAGUUCCCCAACAUGAUAGUGGAGAAGUGCGGCUGCGCAGUGGACAACAUUUCGGUGGUCUGAAGACAUAAACAAAUAUAUAUAUAUAUAUAUAUAUAUAUAUAUAUAUAUAUAUAUAUAUAUAUAUAUAUAUAUAUAUAUAUAUAUACAUAAAUAUAAAGAUAUAGGCUUAUAUAUAAACAGAAAUGACGCACAGUACUUACAGCAGAUUGUUGGUGAAACACCUCAAGCACUUUUUGUAUUUAGUUUGUAUAUAUUGUUGUGAUGAAAUGUUGCGUGUGUGCUCCCGGAUGAGGAUACAUGUACCCGUCCUGGUGGGCUGUAAAUAUCCCGGAUGUGUUCUGUAUUUUCUCUAGAAUAUAAAGUA